AUCCAAUGUGCUAAUAAAACUUCUCCACACGGAAAAGAGAGAGAAACAGAUUGCCUAGCUUAAACCCUACGUAUUCUCUUCCUCUCGAACAAACAAACCAACCAGGCCAGCUGCAAUCUUCUCUGCCUACUCAAUUCUAUCCCUGUUUUAUUCAGGUUGAGUUGUCUUUUCCCUAUAUAUAUGUGCUCCAGCUAAUUAUUCUGUCUAUUUCAGAUCCAAACUAGUUCACUUCUAACAUGCUACUGUUGUAUUUUUAAUCAGUCUCAUUUCUUGAAUUUGCUUCUUUCUAUAAGUUUUACUACUCUAGAUACUUAUGUGGUGCUCAUUAGUUCCUAAAUGAUGUUUUUUUAGAUCUUGACUGAAGGCAACAGAGGCCAACAUGAUUCUUGGGGGAGGCUAUUUUGAUGGUUCCCAUGAUCCUAUUCUCAUGGCAGGAUCGCUGAUUCAUGAUUCCUCCCAAUCUUCCAUCUAUGACAUUACAAAUGCCGAACAGCAGAACUUCACAGUCACCUCCUUUUCCAUGGAAGAUCUCUCCAAUCCAGCUAAUCUUACCUCAGAGCCUGCAAGGGUAAUCGGCCAUCUUCAACACCAGCUUGGGAUUGACAUGGAGAAGGACCACAGUGGCCACAUGAUACAAGAAGCGCCUCCAGUAGAAACUGCAAAUUUGGUUCCUGCUAGCUUCGGUGUCCAAGAUCAUAUCCUCAGCCAUCAGAUAGGAGAAGGUCCACAUAACAUAACUGUGGAACAACAGAUCCUGGACUACAAUGCUGUACCAUAUCCAAAUGGUGCUUACGCAGCUGCACAUGAUCUCUCAAAUGUUUUACAGAUCCAAAGGUGCAAUUUUACUCCUGAAUUUCCUUCAACGGAACAUAUCUUUGGUGAUUCAGCACAGAACACUGCCAAUCAUUUGGAGUUGAACAAUGACCUUCCAGGUGCAAUUCAUGAGAGUGGAAUGAUGUUCAGCGAUUCAACUCUACAGUUAAGUUAUCAUGCUACUCAAUCUCAUCUGUUGAAGGAUCUCUAUCAUUCACUGCCACAAAAUUAUGGGUUGUUUACAAGUGAUGAUGAGAGAGAUGGAAUGAUAGGGGUACCAGGGGUCCCAGAGAAUAUGUUCCAGGAGAUAGAUGGGAGGCAGUUCGAAAGUCCAAUACUGGGAAGCAGAAGACAGAAAGGUGGGUUUGGCAAGGGCAAGAGAAAAGCUAACUUUGCAACUGAAAGGGAGAGGAGGGAGCAGCUAAAUGUAAAGUAUGGGGCUUUAAGAUCACUGUUCCCAAACCCUACUAAGAAUGACAGGGCCUCUAUAGUUGGAGAUGCCAUUGAAUACAUCAAUGAGCUCAAUAGAACAGUGAAAGAACUGAAGAUCCUAGUGGAAAAGAAGAGGAACAGCACUGAUAGGAGGAAGAUGCUUAAGUUGGAUGAUGAGGCAGCUGAUGAUGGGGAAAGCUCUUCAAUGCAGCCAGUGAGGGAUGAUCAAAACAAUCAGAUGAACGGGACUAUAAGGAGCUCCUGGGUUCAAAGAAGGUCCAAGGAGUGUGAUGUUGAUGUCCGCAUAGUUGAUGACGAAAUAAACAUCAAGUUCACAGAGAAGAAGAGGGACAACUCUUUGCUUUGUGCUGCAAAGGUUCUAGAGGAGUUCCGUCUUGAGCUCAUCCAUGUUGUCGGGGGAAUUAUAGGAGAUCACCAUAUAUUCAUGUUCAAUACAAAGAUACCUAAGGGCUCCUCAGUGUACGCAUGCAUGGUGGCUAAGAAGCUCCUCGAAGCUGUGGAGAUGAAGCACCAGGCUCUUAAUAUCUUCAACUAG